AUGCCAUCUUUACAAGAACGAGAGAAUGGACCCCUGGCUCGAGUCGAAGAGGCCGAGGCGGCACGUUACCGACCUUCUUACCAAGUAGAUCCAAGCUGUCUCUCUGGUGAUCAGUCGGAUGAGCCAAGCGUCGCCACCUUAUCCAAAGCCCUGGCGUCGGCUUUGGCCACUGCGAAAACCGACCACUCCAUAUGGAAAGCCAGAAGCCACAACCCAUCUUCAGAAGUGUUGGAGCGAUUUCGUCAUGAAAGCGAGAGAGAUAUCCUGACUCACUCUACGCCUUUCAUAGCAGAAAUUCUCGGACAGAUCGAAACUCAGGCUAAAGCAACCGGAGACGACUCGAGAGCUUACUCCAAUGUCGGUUCCGAAUAUCGAGUAUCUGUCGAGCGCAAGGACGAUCAAGGGAGCAAUUUCGUGUUGGAGUAUACCACCGAGAGUGGAACAUACAUUCUGCCUAUUAGUGGGGUCAAAUACUCUAAUAAUGAUUACUUCACAGAAAUUCUGUAUGGUAAACCGGGAUCAAAGGCUUCGAGUGGCUCUAAAGACGAUACUUGCAUCCCUCCAUCCGUUACAUAUUCAUCGGGUGCGAGUCGAUUCCCGUUGUAA